GAAACCGUGAAAGAACAAGCUUUAGAAAAAGGAUAUGGGGACCUCUCCACACGGAGUAGUAGGCAUCAACCUGCAACUACCCUCAACAGCUCCUCCAUCUUUCUCGCCCCAACCCUUCCAUCUUCUUCUCACUUCUCAUAAAUUUAUAUGUAAAAUGUUAUGCCGGCAACAAUUUCAUUGAAUGUUAGUCGCCGUUAAGUAAUCUUCUCAAAUGGCGUCUUCUUCUUCCUCUUCAGUUCCAGCUCGUUCUGUAGUCACUUCACUGGCAAAUGCACCUAUUUAUUCAUCCAUUCACGAAGCUCUUUCUCCAGGUGUUGAAGCUGGAAGCCGAGGCCCUGGCAUGGGUUCGAAACAUAAAUUGUUGGUAUCACUUGUUGCUGCUUCAGCUGUGGUGGGAAUAAUUUUACUCUUUGUUUUCUAUAUUUACUGUUAUCGCAAGCUCAAGGGCCGAGUUUUGAAGAAAAAUGACCACAGUUGUUUGGAUAGUGCUAGUUGUAAAAAGACACCUGUUAGUAUAAUGGAGUACAAGACCCUAGAAUUAGCCACGGAUUGUUUUGGCGAUGGUAACUUAUUGGGAGCUGGAGGAUUUGGGUGUGUGUACAAAGCCAAGCUUGAAGGAGACUGUUUUGUUGCUGUGAAGAGACUAACUACUACAAUGGGGACUGCGGAUGCUGUGAGAGAAUUUCAGACUGAAGUAGAUUUAUUGAGUAAAAUUCAACAUCCAAACAUUAUUGCUUUACUGGGGUAUAGCAUUCAUGCCGAAAGUAGGCUUCUGGUAUACGAACUGAUGCAGAAUGGAUCUCUAGAAACACAAUUGCAUGGACCUUCGAGGGGAUCGGCAUUAACAUGGCAUAUAAGGAUGAAGAUUGCACUUGAUGUAGCAAGAGGAUUAGAAUAUUUGCAUGAGCACUGCCAUCCACCAGUGAUUCACAGAGAUCUGAAAUCAUCUAAUAUUCUUCUGGAUUCCAACUUCAAUGCCAAGCUUUCAGAUUUUGGGCUUGCUGUGCUGGACGGACCACAGAACAAGAACAAUAUCAAGCUUUCAGGAACCCUUGGUUAUGUAGCUCCUGAAUACCUUUUAGAUGGUAAGUUAACAGAUAAAAGCGAUGUGUACGCCUUUGGAGUAGUGCUGCUGGAGCUUCUACUCGGGAGAAAGCCAAUGGAGAAACUGAGCCCCGAAGCUCAGUGCCAGUCUAUAGUCACAUGGGCCAUGCCUCAGCUUACUGAUAGAGCAAAACUUCCUAACAUCGUAGAUCCUGUGGUUGGAAAUUCCAUGGAUUUAAAGCACUUAUACCAGGUUGCUGCUGUGGCGGUGCUAUGUGUACAGCCAGAACCGAGCUAUCGCCCGUUAAUAACGGAUAUUUUACAUUCUCUGGUGCCCCUUGUCCCUUUUGAGCUUGGUGGAACGCUCAGGAACUUAACAGCUGUGGCUACAACACCACCUUCUUAAAGCUAAUUAAUGAAUUCCACAAGCUAAGGCCUCGAAAGUGUGCUGUAUUGUCUGUAUGCGGCCUUCACAUUAUGGCCAGAAAUAUAAUACUUGGUUUUGACUUCCAAAAAUGUACUUUAAUAAUAUUCAGUUUUUCCAGUUGUUUCGUCAGUGAAAUUUGCAAUUGCGGUAGAAAUUUUGCAAUUUUCAACUUCGUGUAUCAUUUUUUAAUCACCGGAGUUCGAUCAUACACAUUAACAGAAACGACAAUCUCAACACCUGUUGUACCUGGAUUAAUUAUUUAUGUAGAGCGCAUUUGUUAAAGGAGA